AUGUUGCAAAUAGGACCAAUUUUACUAUUACUCUCUCUAUUUGGAAUCCAUGCGUUAAGCAGUCCAGUGGGUACGGCAGGGAAGCAAGAACCCAACUUACGAAGUAGUAAGAAUCAAUAUGCCAAAAGGAACUCCGGAUCGGGUCAUUUGGAAAUAGAGUUGCAACAUAUAGAACAGACAUAUUAUGCAACUACUUUAGAAAUUGGUACCCCACCACAGAAUCUCACUGUAUUAUUUGAUUCUGGUUCUUCUGACCUUUGGGUCAUGGAUGCAUCAAAUCCAUAUUGCGAAUCACAAUAUACUGGCUCUCAGACAUAUAAUGGGUCUUCAAUUAACCAGGCAUCGACCAUUGAUUGUUCAAGUUUUAUGACAUUUAACAAAUCACUGUCUUCUAGUUUUAAAACAAAGGGAACAUCAAGAUUUUAUGCUUAUUAUUCAGACAAGACAUUCGCUGAUGGUAGUUGGGCUACUGAGAAGCUAACAAUGAAUGGUGUGGACGUUUCUAGUUUACAAUUCGGUUUAGGAAAUUGUGUAACCACUCCUGUAAGUGGUGUCCUUGGUAUUGGAUUCCCCCGGAGAGAAUCUGUAAAGGGGUAUGACAAUGCUCCAAAUGAAUUCUAUCCAAAUUUUCCACAAGUGUUAAAGAAUCAAGGCAUCAUUGAUGUUGUAGCCUAUUCUAUGUUUCUAAACAAAUUGGAGUCAGACACUGGCUCCAUAUUAUUUGGUGCUAUAGACACAUCCAAAUAUACUGGCGAUCUGGUUACUUUCCCUAUGUUAAAUAUUUAUCCCGAUGUCACUGAUAAACCUGCCACUCUGAUGGUAAUAUUACAAGGAUUGGGAGCCCAAGAUAAUGCAAAUUGCAAGGCAGAAACUUUUGUUACUAGUAAAAUACCUGUAUUGUUGGAUUCCGGUACCACUUUAAUGGGCGCACCCAAGGAGAUCGCUGAUAUGAUGGCAGAUUUUAUGAAUGCUACUUUUAGUGAGGAUGAGGGAAUAUAUAUAAUGGAAUGUCCAACGAAAGAAACAUUGGCCAACACUGAUUAUAUUUUUGACUUUGGUGGGGUGCAAAUCAAGGUUCCUCUAUCCAACUUCAUUCUUUCUGCUCAAAGUGAGGGCGGUCCUUGUGGUUUUGCAGUUUUGCCAGAUGAUAGUAAUACUAUGGUCCUGGGGGAUAUAUUUUUAUCGUCUGCAUAUGUAGUUUUUGAUCUGGAUAAUUACCAGAUAUCUUUGGCAGCAGCAAAUUUGGACAACAAUGUCUCUCUUGAAGAUAGUAUAAUCAAUAUUCCAAGUGAUGGAAACAUUCCCAACGCAAAAAUGGCCACUGUGGAUCCAUGGUCUACCUAUGAAACCUUUACUGUUACAUCAGCUAUUGCCACUGCUUGCACAAAGCCCAUCUCAUCGUCAUCAUCGUCAUCAUCAUCAUUACACCCAUCUUCGCAAUUAACAACAACAAAGCCAGAUGACAGUCAUAUACCGUCUUCUUUAGCAACAACGACAGCAGAUGCCCCUGAACAGCUUAGCAGUCAGGUUGAAAUCGUAUAUAAGACAAAGACUGAGACAAUUCACUCAACUGUUGUAAUUGGAGUGUGUAAUGCAAAAUCAUAUACAACACUCACUAAUUAA